AUGAUAAAAACACGUAUAGAGGAAGUUCAGUUACAAUUCCUCACAGGAAACACAGAACUUACGCAUUUAAAAGUCUCCAAUGAUCAACUUAUAGUAACGACACAACGGACAGUUUACAAAAUAAAUUUACAAGAUCCAGCUAUCGUCAAUCACUUUGACUGCCCAUUAAGUAAGGAACUAGAAUCUAUAAUGAAUGUCUACGUUUCACCGAUGGGUAGUAUCAUUUUUAUUCGAACCAACUUUGGUCGGUAUAUGUUGUUAAAGGAUGGCGAAUUCACUCAACUAAACAAAAUCAAAAAUCUCGAUCUUAGCUCGUUACAUUGGAUCAACGAAACCACCUUCUUGAUGGGGAUCAAGAAGACGGCCAAGCUGUACCGAGUCGAGUGGACGGGAAAGGAUAUAAUCACGAAGCUGUGGUAUGAAAACAAGAAACUCUCUGGUGGAAUUGAUGGCGUUGCGUAUUGGGAAGGUUCUCUGCUAUUAACUGUGAAAGACAAUAUCUUAUACUGGAGAGACGUAACGAAUAUGAAAUUUCCUUUAGUAUUACCGGAUGAAUCUGAGCAAUUUGAAAGGUUAAAACAUCACGCUAUAAAGAAAUUUGAUUCGUAUAAUGGGCUCUUCGCUUGGGUCACAUCCAGUGGCAUUGUCUUUGGCGACUUAAAAGAAAGGCAAAUGGAAAAAGAACCUGAUUCUUCUAAUAACCUUGGAAAAUUCUUAUCGUCAUCGAAAGUUCUACUUAAUUUCGAGCUACCUGAUUAUCAGAAUGAUAAGGAUCACCUUAUUAAGGAUAUAGUUUUGACUGCUUUCCACAUUCUGCUUUUGAGAAAAGACACGGUUACGAUGGUGAGUCAACUAAAUAACGACAUAGUGUUUCAUGAAGCUAUACCGAGACAUCAGUUUACUAACUCCGACACUGAUAGCAAUGAAAAAUUUCUGGGCCUAGUAAGAGAUCCGGUGAAAGAAACGUUCUGGUGUUUCUCCAACAUAAAUGUUUUUGAACUAAUCAUCGAGAAUGAAUCUAGUUCGGUAUGGAAUUUGUUAGUUCAAGAUAAUAAAUUCGACAAAGCCCUUUCAUUGAAAGGGCUAACAGUGAGGGAAAUGGAAACUAUAAAAUUCUCGAAAGCAAUGUACCUGUUUCAUACUGCUAAGGAUUUUCAUUCAGCUGCUCAGACCUUGGGAAGCAUUAAAGACCUGUCACAUUUCGGCGAAAUCGCAUUAGAUUUUCUCCAAAUAAAAGAUUACAAUGACUUGAAUGUGAUAUUGAUAAAACAGUUAGAUAAUGUUCCCUGGAAAUCAACCCAAGUUGUUUUGUCAAGUUGGAUUGUUUGGAAUUUCAUGAAGCAAUUGAAUGACAUUGAAUUAAAGAUAAACACAAUUAAGCCAGCCUCCGCUGAUGAGGACAGUUUACUGAAUUGGAAUCUGAACCUCAAGGAGAAAUCGAAUGAACUAACAAAGUUUUUGGAAAGCCAUUUAGAAACGCUCGAUAAUGAAACCGUUUAUCAGAUAAUGUCUAAACAAAAUCGGCAAAAUGAAUUACUAAUUUUUGCUAAGUUAAUUAACGAUAUGAAAUUUUUAUUAUCAUUUUGGAUUGACCAAGGCAAUUGGUAUGAGUCCUUGAAAAUUUUGCUGACAAUAAAUGAUCAUGAUCUAGUUUAUAAAUACUCUUUGAUUCUCUUAUUGAACUCGCCAGAGGCUACUGUGUCAACGUGGAUGAAAAUCAAAGAUUUAGAUCCAAACAAAUUAAUUCCAACAAUUCUAAAAUCUUUCACAAAUUGGCAAAAUAACUCCAAACUGAUUACUAACUUAUCAGAAUAUCCUGAAAAUUACUCACUGACAUAUUUGAAGUGGUGCGUUAAGGAAGUCCCGAAAAUGUGUAAUCCAAUAAUAUACAAUUCGAUCCUUUACAUGAUGAUUACCGAUCCAAAAGGCGAUAUGAUACUAGAAAAUGAUAUAAUUAAAUUCAUGAGAUCAAAUGAAAACAGAUUUGAUCUAAAUUUCCAACUGCGAUUAUCUUUAAAAUUCAAGAAAACAAAAGCAUCCAUUUUUCUUUUAACACGUUUAAACCUAUUCGAGGAUGCUAUUGACUUAGCAUUAGAAAACAAUUUGAUCGAUGAUUGUAAAAUAAUUGUGAAUGAUGAGGUUCUUAUAGAGGAUUAUAAACUAAGAAAAAGAUUAUGGUUGAAAAUUGCAAAAUACUUAUUACUUUCAAUGAAAGACAUAGAUAUAAAGCAAUUAAUUCGAACAAUUUUAAAUGAUUCCAAUGAAGUUUUAACAAUUAAAGACCUUUUGCCGUUUUUCAACGAGUAUACUACGAUCGCUAACUUGAAAGAAGAAUUGAUUAAGUUUUUAGAGAAUCACAAUAUGAAAAUGAACGAGAUUUCGGAAGACAUAAUAAAUUCUAAGAAUUUGAAGGUGGAAAUAAAUACAGAAAUUUCCAAAUUUAAUGAGAUCUACAGGAUUUUAGAACCAGGUAAAUCUUGUGAUGAGUGCGGUGGAUUUUUACAGAUCAAAAAGUUCAUUGUUUUCCCCUGUGGCCACUGUUUUCACUGGAACUGUUUAAUCAGGGUAAUAUUAAAUUCAAAUGAUUAUAACUUAAGACAGAAGACGGAAAAAUUCCUAAAGGCCAAAAACAAACAUAAUUUGAACGAUUUAGAGACUAUCAUUGUGGAGAAAUGUGGAUUAUGCAGUGAUAUCAACAUCAACAAAAUUGAUCAGCCAAUUUCUAUGGAUGAAACAGAGUUAGCUAAAUGGAAUGAAUAG